GGCGUGUGGUUCAUCCUGCAUGACGAUGUUUUCCGUGCUGGAUCUUCACUCUCCCAAGGCUCCCAGAAAGAGGGAAGUGGUCUUGUUCGAGCAUCCUCGAUUUUGUGAGUCGGCGAUAUGCAAUUGAAGCCUCGAAAGCGGAAGGCGCAUACCAAGUCUCGGGCUGGGUGUAUAGCAUGCAAGCAUCAACACACUAAGUGCGAUGAAGGACGCCCACGUUGUGGACGGUGCGAAAGACUCGACAUUGAUUGCGUUUUGGGCCCGCCGCCAAGUUCGGCUUCGAGCUCCAGGCAGACUGCCUCAAGGCCUCCGUCGCAGGAACUUGCAUCGCCUACCAGACCUCAUGUUGCAGAGCCUCUUCAUAUCCUCGAUCUAGAGCUGUUGCACAACUAUAGCUUUGACACAUAUGCGACCUUUCUUGGCAAAGGACUCGAUCAUGAUGUGUUUCGUACUAAGUUGGUCCAGCUUGGGUUUAAGCAUACAUAUGUUCUCCAUGCUCUCCUAGCUAUAUCAGCCCUCCACAUGCACUAUAAGGAUGCUGCACGGACUUCUCUUCCAACCACCGCCGCGGAGCAUUUCGACUCUGCCUUACAUCUCGCGCAAUCAACCAUGGGUCAUGUCACCGAGGAAGACGCGAUUGCCAUGUUUUUCUUCUCAUCGACUACGGCUGUUUACGCCUUAGCAAAGGAUUAUUCAAAUCCGUACAGCCAUCUCACCUCUGCGUCGGACCCCGUAGAUGACUUCGUUCUCUACUUCAACCUCACUCGUGGCGUCCACACUAUAGUGCGGCACCACUGGCCUUUUCUCGAGCACUCUUGGAUAGGUCCGUUGUUCAAAGAUCAAGCGUCUGUCGCAAGUCCUGCCGGUCCGGCUUCAGACUACCCACGCGUGUUGGAAUUGCAAGAGCUACUGCAAGCUUGCGAGGGAGAUCUCCGCGAAACAUACGCGCAUGCGCUGGAUCGCUGGCUUGCAUACAUGGCCGUGCUCGAGACGACUGCUGAAGCAGAAAUUCAUCUUCUUUUGGUCUGGCCCAUAGAAGUCGAUGCUGAGGUUUUGACUCUACUGUCGUGUCGAGAUCCUUUCGCCUUGAUAAUCCUCGCCCAUUACGCUGUCUUGAUAAGCUUGCGGCCAAAUGCUUGGUGGGCUGCCGGAUGGCCCGUCAAGAUCUUGGACGCCAUCAUCCGUUCUCUGGAUCCCGAAUGGUACCGCUUUGUAGAGUGGCCCAGAGCCAAAAUCAAUCAUCACGACUUGUCCCUCUUUGGGGAUCAAGCUCCAUCUAUUGAUGUCGAGAUGGUCAAUUGA